AAUUUCGAAUCUCGUGUUUGUGUUGUUAUCAGUUCGUGUCACCUCCAAAAGUCCUUAUUUUUUGCCAAAAUGCCUUUAACUGCGAUGAUUGGUCCUUCAAUCCUGAACGCCGAUUUGGGACAACUUUCGGAGGAGUCCCGGAAACUCUUGGAAAACGGCGCGGAUUACUUGCAUCUCGAUGUCAUGGAUGGACAUUUCGUGCCAAACCUCACAUUUGGUCAUCCCGUGGUGAAAUGUCUCCGAAAUAAAAUCAAAGAUGCCUUUUUCGAGACUCACAUGAUGGUCCAGAACCCCCAACAAUGGAUCGAACCCAUGGCAGAUGCCAAUGUCAAUCAAUACACGUUUCACAUUGAGCCAGUGGCGGAUUCCGUAGCUGCCGUUUGUCGCAAAGUCAGGGAAGCCGGCAUGAAAUGUGGAUUAGCGUUGAAGCCGGGAACUGAUGUGAAAGUUGUGGAGGAAUUUAUCGACAUGGCGGACUUAGUUUUGGUCAUGACAGUCGAGCCAGGGUUCGGAGGACAGAAAUUCAUGGCGGAUCAAAUGACAAAAGUGAAGAUGUUGCGGGAAAAAUAUCCGAAUUUGAAUAUUGAGGUUGAUGGAGGUGUUGGACCAGCGACUAUUGAGCAGUGUGCGGAAGCAGGAGCGAAUUGGAUUGUAUCGGGAACGGCAGUUAUUAAGGCGGAGGAUCAAAAAGCGGUUAUUAAGACAUUGAAGGAGACAGUUCAAAAGUGCUGUUUGUAAAAAUUCUUCCAUUUUUUGCAUUUUUUUGGUUAAUAAAGUUUAAUUUUUGGGAUAUUUUUGUAUAAAAAUGACUUUUAUU